CAAAAACCUUAGGUACGAUAGGUACCUAGGUAUAUGCUAUUUCGAUGCCCCCAAACUCUGGACGUGGACAAACGUUAACCCCUUUCUCCUCGGUCCCAUCACCAUUUCUUUUCCAACUCAUCACCACCACAUUUUUCCUCGAGAUUGCCACUUCUGCGAGAGCAGCGGCUCCUGGUGGAGAGAAGUAAACAUACGAGACUACAUCCACACCCACAUCCUCGGCUUCUUGGCGUUCAAGUACGGAGCCUAGAGCCAGGGUAGACGCCCGUUGAUUCCUGUCCUCUUCGAUUCCAGACAUCGCCAGUCUCACCAAGGCUUCAAUCUUCCUGUUACUGUGCCAUUUGGCAACGAGUCCAUCAUGGCGUCCGGAACCGCGAGAUAUCUGAGAUAUAUUCUCUUUGCAUUUUUUGUACGUUCCUCCGGCAGUAUUCAUGCGACGCCUGCUUCAAAUCCAUCUACUACCCAGUGACAACUAUUGACCAGAAGAAAUAGGGCCUCGCUGUCAUCUUUUUCAUGUCAAAUUCGCCGACCAAUCCGCGAAUGCCGGUCCCCGGCAGUGGGACGGCAUGGGAGGGAGUUCCAACGAAGGCUGGUGAAGAGGUCGCGGCUGCCACAGGAUCUUCUCCAAAUGUGUCCCCAGGACUUCCUCCUGCGACUGCUGGAGGACCCAGAAUGAAUGCAACAUUUGUGACUUUGGCACGAAACACGGAUAUUUGGGACAUUGCAAGGUCGAUUCGUCAGGUGGAGGAUCGUUUCAACCGCAAAUUUCAUUACGACUGGGUAUUCUUAAACGACAAGCCUUUCGAUGAGCAAUUCAAGAAGGUCACAACAGCCUUAGUUUCUGGCAAAACACACUACGGGGAGAUUCCCAAGGAGCACUGGUCCUUCCCCGAUCACAUUGAUCAGGAGAGGGCCAAGAAGGUUCGUGAGGACAUGGCUCAGCGCAAGAUUAUCUACGGAGACUCCGUCAGCUACCGCCACAUGUGUCGAUUCGAGUCCGGAUUUUUCUUCCGGCAGCCUCUCAUGCUUAACUACGAGUGGUACUGGCGUGUGGAACCAAGCGUCGAGCUUUUCUGCGAUAUUGACUACGAUGCAUUCAAAUUCAUGGCCGACAACAAGAAAAAGUACAGUUUCGUCCUCAGUUUGUAUGAGUACGUCGAGACUAUCCCAACGUUGUGGGACAGCACCAAGAAAUUUAUGAAAGAGCAUCCAGAACACAUUUCCGAGGGUAAUUCAAUGGGGUUCUUGAGCGACGAUGGUGGAGCCACUUACAACCAUUGUCACAUGUGGUCCAACUUUGAAAUUGGUAAUCUGGACUGGCUCAGAUCAAAACCUUACAUGGAUUACUUCGAAACCCUUGAUAAAGAUGGUGGAUUCUUCUACGAGCGUUGGGGUGAUGCACCAGUUCACUCAAUUGCUGCUGGGUUAUUGUUGAAGAAGGAAGAAAUCCAUUUCUUCAAUGACAUUGCUUACUACCAUGUUCCUUUCACCCAUUGCCCGACUGGGCAGCAGAAGAGAUUGGAUUUGAAGUGCCACUGUAAUCCAAAGGACAACUUCGAUUGGAAAGGAUAUUCUUGUAAGUUGUUUGGAACUCGAUUUUGGAAUUUGCACUAACACAAUCUAGGCACAUCUCGAUAUUUCGAAAUCAACAACAUGCCAAAGCCAGAAGGAUAUGAGAUGGAGCAAGAUUAAAGAUAAUCUCAUUUGAUUGGACGACUAUGUUUCAAAAGGGUGUAUUUUAUUGCAUUUUAAAAACUUUUAUUAUGCAUGGGUGGGGAAGGCGUUGGUAUUGGAAUGAUUCUUUCUUGUCCUGUUAAAGCAGACUGUAGAUAUAUGGUUUUCUCUGUUUGGAUUUGGGGGCUUUGUUGUCACAAAAAGGCCAAGGAAUGGGAAGCACUAGAAUUGGCAUUAUACAGUAACGUUUUUCUUCAAUGCGAACUUGCAAUAAU